UUUAUUAAUUAUUAUGUAACUUUCUCGAUUAAUACAAUAUUCUGAUUUUAUAGGCGAUUUCCGCGAUGCAUUAUCAACGGGAUGGUUUCAUGCCGGUCAACAAUCACGGCGGCGCACCGAAUUAUUAUCCGAACAGCUUCAGCGGACCGAAGGAAUGUCCGGCCGUUCGCUCGCCGCCGUUCCCCGCGAGCGGUGACGUGGACCGUUACGAUCCCGUAGACGAGGACGACUUCGGUCAAGCUUCGACCUUCUGGAAUAAGACUCUCGACGAGGCAGCUAGGGAGAGACUGGUGCAGAAUAUGGUCGGAAGUCUACGCAACGCCUCGACAUUCAUCGUCGAGCGAGCUGUGCGAAACUUCGCUCGGGUGGACGUCGACCUCGCUCAGAGAUUGACGGACGGCUUGCGCAGAUGCGGAAUGAACAUUAACUACUUGGGAAAAUCGGCCAAUCUGUGAAGAGGAUAUAAUUGUCUCUUUCUCUUUCAUUUUGUACCAUUUAUACGUACCCUACUAUCGAAUACGUAACAAAAAUGUUAAAUAAUAACGAUAUGUUAAUUACGAUAUGUAACACUUUGUAUUAAUCGAAAACGUCAGAAAGAAUUUCUGCAACGCCGUACGUUGCUUUCAAACAA